UCGCCGUAAUUCGCAUUGCAUGCCCUGACUAGCCUGCCUGCCGAGAUCCCGUUUCACCCAUCUCCAACCCCGAAUUGAACAGUUUUCACUCCUCACUUCGUACUCUCCCACUUGAUCUCCACCACCACAUCAAAGACCUUCCGCUCGAAAUCUCACCCACCUGACGUCACCGCCGCAAUGUCCACUCGCAGAUCGACCCGGUCCUCCACCGGCGCUGGCAAGCAACAGACGCUCAGCUUCAAGCACAAAGUCACCAAAGCCAUCCAGACCGGCAAAGAAGGCUACAAAUCCCCCUCCCGCGCAAAGGAGUACAUCCCCGAGCCGUCGCCGGAGCCCGCCUCCAGCAAGGUAGCCACCAAGCUCUUCCAGCAGCAGCACGAGUCGGAGGAAGAAGAGGCCGCCGAGACCCCAACCUCCAGCGACGAUGAGCAACAACAGCAGGCUGCGCCAGCCGCAGCAGUGCAAGCACAGCCCGAUGCAGAUGCGGCCAGGGCGGAAAAGAUCAGCGACCGGGAGAUUGAGCGGUACUGGAACGGCAUCGAGGCUAGCCGGGAGGCGAAGGCGGUGCACAAGAAGCACACGCAGGACCUGACGACGGGCGAGAAGGUGCUGCGGUACUUUGAUGUCAGCUCGCAGUAUGGGCCCUGCGUCGGUAUUGCGCGUCUCAAGCGGUGGCAGCGGGCGCAGAGGUUGGGCCUGAACCCGCCGGUCGAGGUGCUUGCCGUGCUGCUGAAGGAGGAGGCGAAGGGGAAUACGGACAUUGAGAAGGCACAUAUGGAUGAGCUUUUGAACUCGGCUGCGGUUGGGUCGGUUGGGGUAUGAGGCGGCGAGUGGGAGCGCCGCGCGGAAUUUGCAGGGUUUGUACAGUGGCCAUGAUUGCUUGGAAGGCGGAGUUGGGGAGUUGGGGGAAGGGAACGAUUUGUCUAUUUUUGCUUGUGACCUCUAACCUGGGGGAUUUGUCUAGCUAGCUCUAUCCCUGCUAGAUACCUUUGCUAUUACUCUGGCUCGCAACCAGUUCUUCUCGAACAUCUACCCAACAUGAUUCAGUACCAGAUACUCCUUGUCUGGUGAUGCGGGGUGAUCUCCUUUCCUGCCUCUUCCAUUUCUUUUAUCGUAUCGUACAGGAAGAAGUCCAGGAGGAUGGCAUUGAUUUGGCUUUUGGGGUUCUGUUUGAGGAUCUCCCUGCGCAGCAGCUCUACGCACCAGAUACUACAGGCUGGAAGAAGUCAGCGUACACAGCCUCUAUCUAGGCAUCCGGCGUGCUUACCUCGUAGCUGCAUCUCCCAGCUC